AGAGCCAGUGCUUAAGACAAGAGCUAUGAUCAGAGUGGUUCUUGCUCGCCAGUGAAUUGAGGAAUCUGCUGUACCGGGUAUCUAAAGACUAUGUCUCUGCUCCCGCGGAGUAACAGCACAUACAAGCCAAGUGAUGGUGCCACACUACAGUAUGCACCAGAAAUCAUUGGUUCCUUAAUUAUCUUCAUUCUCACCUUUAUCCUGGGCCUCCUGGGCAACGGCUUGGUGAUCUGGGUGGCUGGCCUGAAAAUGAAGCGGACCGUGAACACUGUGUGGUUCCUGCACCUUGCCAUCGCCGACUUCCUGUGCUGCAUGUCUCUGCCAUUCUCCAUCAUUCACCUGAUCCUCCAUGAGUACUGGCCAUAUGGCCACUUCCUCUGCAAGGUUAUCCCAUCGGCCAUCAUCCUCAACAUGUUUGCCAGCGUCUUCCUCCUCACUGCCAUCAGCAUUGACCGGUGCCUGAUGGUGAUGAAGCCAGUUUGGUGUCAGAACCACCGUAACGUGAGACUUGCAUCACUGAUGUGCGGUUGUAUCUGGCUCUUGGCCUUCAUUAUGUGUUGUCCUGCAUUCCUCUACCGUGAGACCAUCAAAGAUGAAUUUGACAAAACUGUUUGUAAUUAUCAAUUUGGAGAUGAUAGGGAUUAUGAGGAUUAUAUGGAUUAUGGGAAUGAUUCAGCCAUGAGCUCUGGCAUAUCCCAAGAUGAAUAUUCUGGUGGUUUCUCCAGCACUGAUAAUCCUGGCACCUUUUACAAUGAUACUAUCUUUUUCGGGAACUUGAAUGAUUACUUCAACAUCAGUCGGCCAACCACCCUACUGACCAUCAGUAUUACCAGGAUUGUCUUUGGCUUCCUCCUUCCCUUUAGCAUAAUGGCAGUUUGCUACAUCCUUAUAGUCAUCAAGAUGCGUAGAGCCCAAUUUACCAAACCCCGUGGUAAGACCCUGCGAGUGAUCCUGGUUGUGGUGGUUGCCUUCUUUGUCUGUUGGGCUCCAUUCCAUGCAGUUGGGGCACUGUCUCUCCUAGCUAUGCCAGGCACUGGAUUUAGGAAGGCAGUGACACUGUGGGACCACCUCUCUACAGCACUGGCCUAUGCGAACAGCUGCAUCAAUCCUUUGCUCUACGUAUUUGUGGGGCGGGACUUCAGGCAGAAGGCACGCCAAUCAGUGCAGGGCAUCUUGGAGGGCGCCUUCAGCGAGGAAAUUACACGCUCCACUUCCUACUCACGGGACAGGACCAAGACUUCAGCAGACAGGGAUAUCAGCAGCAACACCCUCUAAAAUGGGGCUUCUAGACAGCACUGCCAGGGUGGAGGGGAGGGCAGGGGACAUUUGCAGUUUCCAUGGCAGUGACUUUUUGCUUUAGGACAGCAGAGCCUGAACAAUGAGUUUGACAAUAAUCUGUAUGGGAUGCCCAUGGGGACUGGGGCAGUUCCGAGCAGGCCAACCUCCCAUUUAAUAGCCUCCUGAAGAGAGGAGAGUUAGACAUGCCAAAAACAGGAAUCUUCUGAUGAGACAUACAAGGGAGGCAGAGAGCCCCCUAUUUGAGAGAGAGAAGUGCACUUGUGAGAAGAUGUGUGGUGGGAUUAUGUAGUUACUCCUUUGACAUUACUAAAUAAGAAUGUGGUUGCAGAAUAUCUAUGUACUACAUUUAUUGAGCAUGUAUCAUCUGUACCUGCUAAAUUACAGGGAGAAGUUACUUCGACAUUU